AUGGCCUAUGACCGCUAUGCAGCAGUGUGCAAGCCCCUGCACUACACCACCACCAUGACGACAAGUGUGUGUGUGUGUCUGACUACAGCCUGCUACCUUGGAGGUUUCCUGAAUUCCUCCAUCCACACUGGGGACACGUUCAGUCUCUCCUUCUGUAAGUCCAAUGUGGUCCAUGAUUUUUUCUGUGAUGUUCCAGCAGUCAUGGUUCUCUCUUGCUCUGAUAGACACAUUAGUGAGAUGGUACUUGUUUAUGGAGCCAGCCUGGUGAUCUGUUCUGCUCUCCUUGUUAUCUUGAUAUCUUACAUGUUCAUUUUUCUCACCAUCCUAAAGAUGCGCUCAGGCGCAGGAUACCAGAAGGCUCUGUCCACCUGCGCCUCUCACUUCACUGCUGUCUCCAUCUUCUAUGGGACUCUUGUCUUCAUGUACUUGCAGCCCAGCUCCAGUCACUCUCUGGACACAGACAAAAUCGUAUCUGUGUUUUAUACCAUGGUCAUCCCCAUGUUGAACCCUGUGGUCUACAGCCUCAGGAACAAAGAAGUGAAGAGUGCAUUCAAGAAAGUCAUGGAGAAGGUGAAAUAUUCCCUAGGACUGUGA